AUGAUCCGCGAGUGUCUGAUCUGCAAAAGGCUGAAGACACCUCCAGUUCACCAACAAGGCCUGCCGACAGGUACCUUAGGAAAGGCAGCAGCCAUGGACGUCGUCUCACUCGACCACGUAGGACCAGUAUACAUGGGAGGAAUCGGGUGGAACAUCCUAGUCAUCAUCGACCAUGCCACGAGAUACAUGAUGGCGAAAACCGUCCCCACGCUGGCAGCGGUCCAGACGUUCCGCACCUUCUACAGGCAUUGGGUAGUUCCCUUCGGACCCCCACGCAUCGUACUGACGGACAACGGCCCAAGCUUCAAGGGCGCAUUCCACGCCAACACGACCUACCAGCUCGGAUGCAAACACCUGACCGCAGCGCCGUACCGACCUCAAGGCAACGGGAUCAACGAAGCAUCCCACCAAGAGCUCCAGAACGUGCUCAAAGCGCUCUGGCAAGAAGGAAUCCGAGACAUGGACCUCAUGGUAGACGCGGCGACACGCCUGCACAACGUAACGCCACACGCUGCCAUCAACACCUCGCCCUACGAGGCAGUCUUCGGCAAAGCACCGAUCCUGGACAAAAUGCAGGACAUGACCCCGCUAACGACCGAGCAGGAAAGGCGGCAAGUACAACAACAGAUGCUGCGAGAGCGGAUGGCAGAAUCCCUCCUCAGGCAGCGGCCAUUAGAAGCCGAGACGCCUAACGAUCUCCAACCAGGAGACAUCGUCGUAGUACUCGUCGACCCAGGUUCAGCAGCAUCAUCUAUAAACGGACCGGAGACACCAAAGUGGUUCGCACCGAAGUGGUCACUCCCGAUGAAGGUGAUCAGCACGACACGGACGCAAGUAGAAGUCGAGAGGUACGGACAGCCAGGCUCGACGUUCCAAGUACACAAAGAUAAAGUCCGCAGGUUCGAAAGAAGCAAGGACCCGGAGCUGGAAGCCAUCACGCAACAGUACUCCGAGAACCUCGACGAAGAGACGGUAACACAGCAACUUGGAAUAAGCGGUGGCAAACGACCACGCAUCACAAUCAAUCCAGAGACGCGAGAAGGAUUAGAGAACUUCCUAGGCAUCCACCCCAAUUCCUUCUGA